AUGGCUCGUACCAAGCAGACCGCCCGCAAGUCCACCGGCGGCAAGGCGCCGCGCAAGCAGCUGGCCACCAAGGCGGCCCGCAAGAGCGCGCCGGCCACGGGCGGCGUGAAGAAGCCGCACCGCUACCGGCCCGGCACCGUGGCGCUGCGCGAGAUCCGCCGCUACCAGAAGUCGACCGAGCUGCUGAUCCGCAAGCUGCCCUUCCAGCGCCUGGUGCGCGAGAUCGCGCAGGACUUCAAGACCGACUUGCGCUUCCAGAGCUCGGCCGUCAUGGCGCUGCAGGAGGCGUGCGAGGCCUACCUCGUGGGGCUCUUCGAGGACACCAACCUGUGCGCCAUCCACGCCAAGCGCGUCACCAUCAUGCCCAAGGACAUCCAGCUGGCCCGCCGCAUCCGGGGCGAGCGUGCCUACAUGUCUGGACGUGGCAAAGGCGGUAAGGGCCUGGGCAAGGGCGGCGCCAAGCGGCACCGCAAGGUGCUGCGCGACAACAUCCAGGGCAUCACCAAGCCCGCCAUCCGCCGCCUGGCCCGCCGCGGCGGCGUCAAGCGCAUCUCGGGGCUCAUCUACGAGGAGACCCGCGGCGUGCUCAAGGUCUUCCUGGAGAACGUCAUCCGCGACGCCGUCACCUACACGGAGCACGCCAAGCGCAAGACCGUCACCGCCAUGGACGUGGUCUAUGCGCUCAAACGCUGUCACACUCUUGCCAUGGCUCGUACCAAGCAAACCGCUCGCAAAUCCACCGGCGGGAAGGCUCCCCGCAAGCAGCUGGCCACCAAGGCGGCCCGCAAGAGCGCGCCGGCCACGGGCGGCGUGAAGAAGCCGCACCGCUACCGGCCCGGCACCGUGGCGCUGCGCGAGAUCCGCCGCUACCAGAAGUCGACCGAGCUGCUGAUCCGCAAGCUGCCCUUCCAGCGCCUGGUGCGCGAGAUCGCGCAGGACUUCAAGACCGACCUGCGCUUCCAGAGCUCGGCCGUCAUGGCGCUGCAGGAGGCGUGCGAGGCCUACCUCGUGGGGCUCUUCGAGGACACCAACCUGUGCGCCAUCCACGCCAAGCGCGUCACCAUCAUGCCCAAGGACAUCCAGCUGGCCCGCCGCAUCCGGGGCGAGCGCGCUUAAGUCC